UAGAACUCUGCUGGUGGUUUGUUAGCGAAGUGAGACAGGGUGGUUACCAAGCGCCGCACAUCGAGCUACUGAGCUACACAUCAAGAAGGACUCGUAAGACAGAAAUUCAAGGACGAUGUGGAUUUGGGUUACAGAGGAAUGUUCAGAGAAAUGGGAGAAAGGAGAAACACAGGUAUAUUUUAAUGUUCAAACAAAGUUUAUGGUGGAGUAAAGAAACUGAGAAUAACCAAUGGAAAGGAGUAAUGAAUGAAUAGGAAAAGGGGACAGUUCAGUAAUUGUAUGGAUUUACAGCAGAUUACAGAGUAUUGAAAAGAAAAGCAGCGGGUUGGGAAAGUUUUUUUUAACCCUUUACACCCUAGAUUCAGUAUUCAUAUUCUCCAUACAGCUCUUCAUACAUUUCCUAAGGUGCUGACAAGGAGAAUUUGUUUACCAAUCAAAAGCUUCUUUUGUUGAUGAUCAUUUCCUUUACACUCAUGACCUUAACUUGUUAUUUAGGUGUGAUAUUGUAAGGAGAAAUUUGAUGUUAGUCACUGUUAGGAUAUAAAGGGUUAAUUUUCCAAUCAAGUUUUUUCUCCCAGUAAACUGGUGAAGUCAAACAUAAUUGAUCAAGAAAACAACCCAACAAGAAACAACAAACAGAUCUUAUGGAAACUUCCCUAGGAAAGACUCAGUUUUUCUUGAAGAUACUAUUUUCUCUCAAAAAUUUAAUAUACUUUCUGGGAGACACUGUUUAUUCUCAUGUUUACAUUGCAUAUUAGCCCAUCUCAAGAAUUAAAAUUUUUAAUGUUUUUCAGAUUUUUUCAACUUGUUGUCAGCCACCCAGACUUUUGAAAAGAUGGAGAUUUGCAGAAGGUUUUGAAAGAGGAAAAUGUGAGUUUUUCAAAUAAUAAGAUACUCUUACAGAUAUUUGGCUACGAUCCCUGUGAGUGUGGGUGAUUUUUUCCACAAAAUUUGUAAACUGACAUACUAUGGCAAAACAACACUUGACUUAAACUCCAUAGGUAUAUUUUUCAUAUAAUCAACAAUAAUUGUGACUAUUUUCAUCUUAAGGGGUCAUAAAUGUUUUAAAGAUAAAAUCAGUUGACACAACAUCCACUGAAUUAAUGGAGGAGUUAAGGAAUUAUGUAGAAAUGGAGUGAAAAUUGAACUACAAUUCACUGCAACAAUAACCUCUUCCACCAGUCAAUGUUGUAGAAUGGUGUAAAACAAUUAAAGAAACAUUGUACAUGAGAAGAAGAGUUGAAAAUAAGGAAUAAAAUUGGUAUGCUAUUCCAGAAUAUUGCCAUUUCAAUGGCAUAGUGUGUUGACAAUUUUCUUGCUGAUUGUAUGUAUAUGCCUGGGGGAUUUCUUUUGUGACAAAAUGUGUGUUGCAACUUUGUAAAACUAAGUUUGAUAAUCAUUAUUAAACUCCUUGCUCUGAGAAAUUAAUCUCUUUUCAACUCAGUGAUCAGUGGCUUAAUGGGAUCUCUCAUGCUCAUACACUUACAGUGUAAGGUAUAAACACUUUUUUAUUACAUUGCUUGCAGUCAGAAGCAAGUGAAAAAAGGUUCUUAUGACAAGUUUAUCAUGAGCUGUGGAUAAUUUCAUCCAUCAUAGUCACAAGGUACAAAAUGUUCCAUGGUUUUUAUGUUUUUUUUGUUUUGUUUUGAUUUGUUAUCUAAGAAGUCUUUAUGUAAUAAAAUUGUGAUAUCACUGGAUUAUUGUUUUAAUUACAUACAGUGUAUGUCUCAUUCAGGGCUGUAAAAUAUGAAUAAUUGUGGUUUGAAUUAUGGCAUACAGAGGGACAGUGUUUUAACCCUUCAUACCCUAACAUCAGUAUGUAUAUUCUCCAUACUGUUCUCUAAACAUUUCCUAAGAUGCCAACAUGGAGAAUUUAUCUAACAAUCAAGAGCUUCUUUAGUUGGUGAUCAGUUCUUUUUUCUCCAGACCUUAAUGUUUGAUUCAGGGCGGAUAUGGUAAGGAGAAAUUAGAUGUCAGUCACUCUGAGGAGUUAAAGUGUUAAACUGCUGAAUAGCCCUUGAGCAGCCUUUCAUUAUUAGCUCUGUAGAAAAUUUGAGACAAGUUAGGGAGAAGUUUGCUAGGGGACUGAUACUAAUUAUAUCUUUCAGAGAUCUCAGGGGUUUCAUUAACAAAUUUAUUCAAUUAAAUGCCAUGGCAAUUUUUCAUGAUUGGAGUGCAGUGUUUAUUGGAGGCCAGUAUUUAUACAAGGGUGGCAUUAAUUUAAUAUCAAAAGAACAAUAUUAUGGAAAUGAAUCAUUUUAAUUUUUGAACAGACACAUGUUUUAUUGCUUGUCUAAAAACUCAUUUUGUAUAUUGUUCUCAAUUUCACAAUUUGCAAGUUUAUACAACUGCAUUGCAUAAUGUGAAUAAAGAUUUUAUGUUGGAUAUGCUUUCUUGACAUCAGAACGGGUACAUUUGAAAGGAUUUGUGUCUGGUUCAGCAAUGAUAGCUGUGAGCCUUUUGAGUCCAUUCUUCGAAUUAAAGCCAGAUGAUGAUGCAGCGUUUAUUAGAGGGUGGUUUUUAUACAAGGGAGGCAUUUAAUCGAAUAAGUACAAGUCAGGGAGAGGCUUGCCAGGGGUCUGGCACUAAUUAUAUUCAGAGACCUCAGGGGUUUCGUAACUUUUUCCAUAUUAAGUGCCUGCCUGUGGAAUUUAUGUACCAGGCAGCUGUUUUGUUUGACAAAAUCCAAACACACAGGCUAAGCAGACAGCAAUAAGAGGCCAUACAGGCAGCAGUAGAUCACCAUUGGCUUUUAUUGAUGACCUAAUUUUCUUUUGAAUUUAACCAUUACAAGAAUGACUUGGUGUUCCUAGAAAUACAAAUAACCAGAAGUUACUCCCUUUGGUUAGGAUCUUGAUGAAGAAUUGCAGAAAAAAACAGAUUUUGUGGAAGAAUACACACCACUUACCAAGGAGACAUAUGGGGUCAGUAAUAGUUAUAAUAAAGCAACUAAAAGUUUACUAAAGAGCCGCAUCUUCUAGCACUUAUUAGUAAUUCCCUUUACUGUCUGUCUUACAAUUCUUGUGAUAUCAGUUUGGAGAAUUUGUGGUUGGAUCAGCUGAUAAUAUUCUCAUUGAUAUUUUUCCUUAUUCGGUCACUUGUCUGCUUGAUAUUGUACUGAUAUUGUAAGGAAAAAUGAUGUCUUUGCCUCUCAUGGGAGUUUAAGGGUUGAUGACAUAAAUACUUACCUCUCAUCAAGUUUAAUCUAGAUCUGUAUUCUGUACCAUGCAAAAAAAAGGAAAUUAAAAAAUGCCAAAUCAGCAGGAAGUUGUGUGUGAUUUAAAAGCUAUGUUACAUCACAUAAAAAAGUGAAUUUUAAUUAUAUUAUCAAUAGUAGAUUAGUGGAUGAUGUAUACUUUUAACUUUUGAUACAGAGUGUUUCAAGAGGAACAUUAGUUGUUGGUGUUUGGCUGAUUUGAGUGUAGCCAUCAAUGUGUAGAUUCCUUCAAUUAAUCCAUGUGUUUCUUUGUGUUUUUUGUAGAACUUUACCAAAAUGGUGCACAGUCAGCAAUGUAUGUAGCAAUGUCUCUGUACUGCAAUGUGUUAAAUCUGCCCUAUGGUUGUUAUAAGUGAAAUAGCAAAAUUCAUACUGAAAUCUCAUUUUGGUUAAUUCUUUAACUCCCAAGAUCUCAUUUAUUUAGUAAUUCUCAUUACUGUUUGCAAUACAAUUUAUAUAAUGUUAGUUAGUAGAAUUUGGGAUUGGAUCGAUGAAUAAUCCCCUCAUUGAUAUUUUUCUUUAUUCUCAUCACUUGUCUCCUUGAUAUUGUACUGAUAGUUGUGAGGAGAAUUUCUGUCUUGGUUACUUAAAGGGUUAAUAGUCUGGACUAGUGAAUUUUAAACAAAGAGUUUGGCCAAAACAUUCAUUUGUAAAGAACAUCCAUGUGAAAACAACAGGAGGGUAGCAAAGAUAUACUUGAGGUAUUAUUGAUGUAGUAUUGUAAUGUAUCAGGAUGUUGCAAAAUGUAUGAUUGUUUUUGUUAACAUAUGAUAAUGUAUGAUUAUGCAUGACAAUCUCACCAUGAUGGCAUAUUUAUACAUAUGUAUAAGUUUGGUUAUUUUAAAUUUCUUUGUGAAUUUCAGGCGUUGCAUUAGCAGUGAAUGAUUUUAGCUCUGGCAUCAUGACAGCAUCUGCUGGUGGUGAUAAUAGUACUAAGGAAUUGAAAGGGUUUGUUGUUCUAUGCCUGCAAUUACUUAAUGAAAUGAUUUGACAUUUACUCAAUAUUUAUAUUUAUUUCAUAUCUUUCCUAAAUUAAACUGUUGUGGCACACUUCCAACACAAGUAAUGAUACACCAGACGUGUAGUUUGGCUGAUUUUUUUCCCAUGUGAAUAACUACUGUUUUACCACAUCUUACAUGCUAGCUCUACUUGCUGUAACCAUCAUGAGAACUGAAAAUAAGAGGCAAACAUAUUUCCAUAUUUUUGAAUGGUUAAGUCAGCUUACAAGACCCAUCAACACCGUUUCCCGUAUGCAGUAAUGUGAUAGUUAUGUCUUCCUCUCUUGUUGAAGUGAUCAGCAUCUAAAUUCUCCUCACCAUAUCACUGCUGCAUAGUACAUUAAGGUCAUGAGAAUAAAGGAAAUGAUAGAAAAAAACAAAGAAGCUCUUGAUUGUUGAACAACUUCUCCUUGUCAGUAUAAUGGAAUAUGUACCAAGAACAGUAUUGAGAAUAUACAUUCUGAUGUCAGGGUGUAAUGAAAAGCUAAUUUUAAAAGCUUUUUUUACUUUUACAGGAGUUUUGUGACUUUUUCAAGCGCACAAAAUGGUGUCAAGGUAUGAUAGCAUUUUUAGACAGGAACUAGUGUUGCUAGCAGUAUUUUCAAUUCCAAGAGUUUAAUUUGUUUUGUCUUACUUGUGUGUGUGGUCUUCUUUCUUCAGGAAUCGCUGGAUGUUGUCCACUAAUGAUGACAACACAUUAGGUUUUACUUUAGAACUUUAUUCCAGAUACAUGGAUGCUGCCAAUUAAGG